AUGACACAUAAAGAGAGACCCGACUCAGAGGAACCAGAGACGUCUGAACCAGUGAGACGACACCACUGUUCCCAGUGUGGAAAGAGUUUUAACCAUUUAGGAAAUCUUAAAAACCACAAGAGAACACACGCAGAGAAGAAGUCUUACAACUGCUCUCACUGUGCAAAGAGUUUUACUCAUUUAUGUAAGCUAAAAUCGCAUGAGAGACGACACACAGGAGAUAAGCCUUACCAAUGCUCUCAGUGUGGUAAGAGAUUUUUUGAGUCAACAGAACUGAAAGUUCAUAAGAGAAUACACACAGGGGAAAAGCCGUACAACUGCUCUCACUGUGCAAAGAGUUUUACUCAUUUAUGUAACCUAAAAUCGCAUGAGAGACGACACACAGGAGAUAAGCCUUACCAAUGCUCUCAGUGUGGUAAGAGAUUUGUUGAGUCAACAGAACUGAAAGUUCAUAAGAGAAUACACACAGGGGAAAAGCCGUACCAGUGUUCCCAGUGUGGAAAGAGUUUUUCAACAUUAAAUGUCUUGAAAAUGCAUGAGAGAAUACACACAGGGGAAAAACCAUUCCAAUGCUCCCAGUGUGUAAAGACAUUUUCCCGGCCAGGGGACCUGAAAAUGCACGAGAGAAUACACACAGGGGAAAAGCCGUACCACUGUUCCCAGUGUGGAAAGAGUUUUACAAGGUUAAAAGUCUUGAAAAUGCAUGAGAGACGACACACAUGGGAAAAACCAUUCCAAUGCUCUCAGUGUGGUAAGAGAUUUAUUGCGUCAACAGAACUUAAAGUUCAUAAGAGAAUACACACAUGGGGAAAACCAUUCCAAUGCUCUCAGUGUGUAAAGACAUUUUCCCGACCAGGGGACCUGAAAUUACACGAGAGAAUACACACAGGGGAAAAGCCGCACCACUGUUCCCAGUGUGGAAAGAGUUUUACAAGGUUAAACGUCUUGAAAAUGCAUGAGAGAAUACACACAGGGGAAAAACCAUUCCAAUGCUCUCAGUUUGUAAAGACAUUUUCCCGACUGAAAUUACACGAGAGAAUACACACAGGGGAAAAGCCAUACCACUGUUCCCAGUGUGGAAAGAGUUUUACUCAGUUAGGGAGUCUGAAAAGUCAUAAGCGAAUACACUCUGGAGAGAAGCCUUAUCACUGCUCCAAAUGUGGAAUUGCCUUUUCAGAGUUAAAAACCUUGAAAAUGCAUGAGAGAAUACACACAGGUGAGAAGCCGUACCACUGUUCCUACUGUGGAAAGAGUUUUAGAAAAUCGCAACAGCUGAAACAACACGAGAGAAUACACACAGGAGAAAAGCCUUACCACUGUUCUCAGUGUGGAAUGAGUUUUAGGCAGUUAACGGGCCUCAAAGGUCAUAUGCAAAUGCACUCUGGAGAGAAGAAAAAAAAAUAA